GCGGUGGGCAACGCGCGCUAACCGCAGUGCGCCCUUCCUUGCCAUUUUGUCCUGCCUCGCGGCCGCCUGGGGCUCGCGCCGCCGCGGAAAAGAAUCCCGACCCGCCAGGCACCCGAGCGGGGACGCGCAGCUCCCUCGCCAUGGUCAACGAGUCCCACAGCAGCAGCUGUGGGGUUGCCGUCGCAGGAGAUGGGGUUGCCCGGUUCGAGGGCGGGGGGAGCAGCAGCGGCAGCGAAAGCUCCAAAGAGAGCUCCCGCUGCUCCACGCCGGUCCCGGACGCCGAGCGACAGGCCCACCUGUGGGAGAAGAUGCGUCAGCGGCAGGACGCGGGAGACAAGUGGUUCUCCUUGGAGUUCUUUCCUCCCCGGACAGCUGACGGGGCUGUGAACCUCAUCUCCAGGCUUGACCACAUGGGGGCAGGUGGGCCGCUCUUCAUCGACAUCACGUGGCACCCGGCCGGAGAUCCGGGCUCCGACAAGGAGACCUCCUCCAUGAUGAUGGCAAGCACCGCCCUCAACUACUGUGGCCUGGAGACCGUCCUGCACAUGACCUGCUGCCAGCAGACGCGGGAGAUGAUCACGGCGCACCUGCAGAAGGCCAAGCGGCUGGGGCUGAGGAACAUCAUGGCGCUGCGGGGAGAUCCCAUUGGUGAGGAAUGGCAAGAGGAAGUCGGGGGCUUCAACUAUGCUGUGGACUUGGUGAAGCACAUCCGGAACGAGUUCGGCGAUUACUUUGAUGUCUGUGUGGCGGGCUACCCCAAGGGCCACCCCGAUGCAGCAAGCUAUGCGGACGACCUGAAGCACCUGAAGAAUAAAGUGUCGGCGGGAGCUGGCUUCGUCAUCACACAGCUCUUCUUCAGAUCAGAGACCUUCCUCAGCUUCUUGAAGGACUGCCAAGCGAUUGGAAUCACCUGCCCCAUCAUUCCGGGGAUUUUCCCCAUCCAGGGCUACCACUCUCUGCGGCAGCUGGUGAAGCUCUCUAAACUGGAGGUGCCUCAGGAGAUCAGAGAUGUCAUCGAGCCCAUCAAGGAUGACGACGAGGCCAUCCGGAACUACGGCAUUGAGCUGGCGGUCUGCAUGUGCCGGAAACUGCUGGACAGUGGCCAGGUCCACGGGCUGCAUUUCUACACCCUGAACCGGGAAGUGGCUACCACAGAGGUGCUCAAACGCUUGGGCCUGUGGAAAGAGGACCCAAGGCGUCCCUUGCCCUGGGCAGUCAGUGCUCACCCCAAGCGGCGAGUCGAAGAUGUUCGGCCCAUUUUCUGGGCCUCCCGGCCAAAGAGUUACAUCUAUCGGACCCAGGAAUGGGAUGAAUUUCCAAAUGGGCGCUGGGGUAACUCAUCCUCUCCAGCCUUCGGUGAGCUUAAAGACUAUUACCUGUUUUACCUGACGAGCAAAUGUCCCCGAGAUGAGCUCCUCAAGAUGUGGGGCGAAGAGCUGACCAGCGAGGAAAGCGUCUUCGAGGUGUUCAGGUGUUACAUCACCGGAGAGCCCAACAGAAAUGGCCACAAGGUGACCUGCCUGCCUUGGAACGAUGAGCCCCUGGCUGCCGAGACCAACCUCAUGCAGGAGGAGCUGGCCAAGGUGAACCAGCGAGGCAUCCUGACCAUCAAUUCCCAGCCCAACAUCAAUGGCAAGCCGUCCACGGACCGCAUCGUGGGCUGGGGGCCGGACGGAGGCUACGUCUUCCAGAAGGCGUACCUGGAGUUCUUCACCUCCAGUGAGAAUGUCAAAGCCCUCCAGACUGUUCUGAAGAGAUAUGGUCAGCGUGUGAAUUACCACAUUGUGAACGUCAAGGGUGACAACAUCACCAACGCCCACGAGAUGCAGCCGAACGCCGUGACCUGGGGCAUCUUCCCCAGCAGAGAGAUCAUUCAGCCCACGGUUGUGGAUCCAGUCAGCUUCAUGUACUGGAAGGAUGAGGCCUUUGCCCUGUGGAUCCAACAGUGGGCCAAACUCUACCAAGAAGAGUCCCACUCCCGCAAGAUCAUCCAGGACAUCCACGACAGCUACUACUUGGUCAACCUGGUGGACAACGAGUUCCCCCUGGACAGCUGCCUCUGGCAGGUUCUGGAAGACAUGCAUGAGCUACUGAGCGGCGGAGCUGGGCAGUGAGGGGACAUCUGGCCUUGUGGAAGCACAUUCGGCCUUGGGCGCGAGGCAAAGCCGGCGUGUCCCCGACACUCCUUGGAGGGUCCCUCUGCCUGCACGUUCCCAUCCCCGCUUCUGGUCUAGCGGCCUCUUGCCAAUCACAGGACAGCUUUCCUCCUGAGCCAAAAGACUCUGGAAAUGAUGCCGAGCCCUCGUUGGGGACAUUACACACCCUUCCCCUUCACUUAGGCCGGAGGGUCCACAACCUGUCACCCUCUGGGUGACCUGGCCUGCAGCUCAGCCCUGCUCAGCACAAGUGGCAAGGAAAGGUUGGAGCUGUCGCCGCAAAGGUCGCCCAACAGUGGCCGCCUCUGGAUUCCUUCGCCUCCUGCCGCGUUGCACUCUAAAUCCUCAUUCCGCUGCUAUUUCAGUGCAAUGCCCUCUGCUCCGCUACUAACACGACUGAUGACGUCACGUCCUCCGACUCGGAACGGCCACAGUGCCACGACAUUCUAAAUCGCAGACCGUCCACCUUGCCGAAUCACUACACUGAACUUUGACAGUAAUCUUCUUGCAGGUGCUUAGCUGGCUAUUUAUUUUGUAUUUUCUUCAGAAAUGCACAAUCUGUGCCUUUCAUUUUUUUUUUCUUGGCUGAGGAUGAGGGGAAGAGUUUGGAUGCACAAACACGUGGAAAGAAUGAAGGAGAGAACUAAUGAAAUAAAACUGCCUGCACUUGAUAAAAAUGGCCUGUGGAGGGGGCACCUGUGUGUACCCCUUUUACAGGAACAAGGAGCAGGGGAAGAUUCAGGACAGAGGGGAAAAAGCCAUCUUCACACAGUGCAUUGCAAGAAUUAAGGAAUUCGAGGCAUUGUGGCGGCCACCACUCUGCGUGGCUUAGAACCAAUCAGCACAGGCCAACUGGCUGCUGGGGAACAUAGGCAGGAGGGUGCUGUGGCCCUCCUGCCCUGCUUGUGAAUUUCCCAUGAGCCACGGCAUGAACAGGAUGCUGGACUAGAGGGUCCCUGGGUCUGAUCCAGCACGGCUCAUCCGACACUCUUGAGAGAAAACUUGGAAGCAAGUUGGAGUUGCCCAACAGACACGCUGCGCGUGCGGCACUUCGGAGCUUUGAAGCGCCACCAAUCUUGCAGCGUCCUGUUGCACCUAACCACUGCCGCCCUCAACAUGGCACCUUGAGUUUCUAAUUCUCACAACCCCGGAUCCUGACACCGCCUCAGGCUGAUGGGAGCUCACAGCCAAAGCAUCUGAAAGCAGCAGGGACGGGAACGUUGACCUAGCAGCGUUGUCCUCUAUUUUGCGCUGCGGUGCUGCCUCCCCUUCGCUUCCUCGCGACGUGGCAGGAGCUCCAAGCGAUUCUGGUGAAAAACAAGCCCCUUGAACACAGAGAGCCUCGCAGCUGAAGCCGUGCUCCUUGGCAGCUUUAUUCCACCCUCUCUGGCUUGUAGGUAUUCCGCCUGAAUGCGUGCGUUUCCCCCCGGUUAUUUCCUCCCCACUCCCGUCAGUGGCUUGGCUGCCUCUGCUUCAGAUUUUAUCCACGGUUUUAUCUUUUAGCACCAGGUAUCCCGUGCUGUUCAGUGCCUUGAGGUUUCAGCAGAGAUGAGACUCACACCUCAUCAUAAAAUAAUGUUAGAGAAACUUUCUUCUGCACUUUGUAACAAAAAUAGAGGUUCUUAACAAACUGAAAAUUGAUGCUGUACAGUCCUUGUUCUUUCCCUCCUGAACUCCGUAUGUUGGCAGAAUCCCAACAUACACCGAAACCUUUUACUCAA